UCUCGCUGCGAUGGCCAGCUAUCAUUGAUAGCGCCUGCUUCUGUGAUUCUCUGCUGUCUGAUGUCUGGGUGGAGAGACAGUCUGAUCUGAGGUAUCAAGCUGUAUCAUCUUCUUCAACAUCAAAUCCCCACAACGCCGACCGGUUACAUUGCUCGCGACCAAUGUUUUUCGUGGGAACUUAUCCCUCUACGCGCUACAUAUGCCCUACCCUCAGCUGAUCUCAGUGCGCCGGUCUAACUAUCCCCCUUCACUCCGACAACUCGUCCUUCACCUCGGCUCUGUGCCACGCCGACUCGGAGACCGUAUCGACUGCCCCCCCUAGUCUUGGGUCUCCUCUGUUGUACCACCAUCGGCACCAUGUCCUCUUCUACGCUCAACGAGCCAUCUGUCCCUAAGGACACUCUGCUCCUUGUCGGUCCUGUCUUCCUCGGCGCCGUCACCAGUUGGCUCAUCUUCGGUAUCUCGAUAGUGCAGCUCUACAUCUACCACAUAUCGUUCCCCAAUGAUCGAAAGGGGAUUCAAUUCUUGGUCUACUGGGUGUUCAUUCUGGACAUCUUCCUGACGGUGAUAGCGGGGGCCAUGGGAUGGCACGUCCUCUGUGCUGGAUGGGGACGGCAGACCAACCUUAUCCAGCCGGGUUGGACGUUCUCCGCUAUCGGUGCCGGCGACGGGAUCAUUGCCACCACCGUCCAGCUUUUCUACGCAUGGCGUAUCUGGGUCCUCAAGAAGUGGCGCGUCAUCCCUGGGCUCAUCAUAGUGAUUUCGCUCGCCCAACUUGGAUCAACCCUUUCAAUCGCGGCCGGUAUCGCGAACUUGCAAGACAUUUCCGGGCUCCUGCCCUACUUCCCUCGUACCACUAUCUGGCUCGGCGGUGGUGCUCUUGCCGAUAUCUUCAUCGCCAUCAGCAUGGUAUACGUGUUGACCACGGCGAAGAAGAACUCCCACGCGCUCAAGAGCAGCGACCGAGCGAUUAACCGUCUCAUCCGCCUUUCCGUCGAGACCGGAAUUAUCACAGCCGCCUCCGCGAUCAUUGAGCUUGGCUUCUUCCUCGGUCCCACUACGAAGAACACUAACCUGCAUCUCUUCUUUGCGCUUAUCCUGGGCAAGAUCUACUCGAACACGAUGUUCACCUCGUUGAACUCCCGCUUAGGGACUCAACAGGCGACGACGUCUCGUGCCCCGACGGAUGUCACUAGCGUUUCAAUCACCGGUACGCACAACUUCCGCGGGGGUAGUACGUCUGUGCGCACUGGCCCGGCACCUCCCGUUGUCCAUAUCGCUUCGCACACCGAGGUCUUCGCGGACGACGUGUACUCUUCGGAUCGCGAUGACAAGCAAACCCUCAACGAUGAUCUGGAAAUGAUGGAGCGCAAGCCUAGGUCCGACAUCCACCUCCAGAGCUUCUCCCCGGUGUAAAUCGCGUGUCUCGUCGUAGAGCUUGAGGAUCACAGCUCGUGUACAUAUUUAUCUUGACCCUGAUAAGAGGGCUAAGCAUGAAGUACCAACGGGUGACGGGGGUGAGCCCAAAACUUUCCUUUCACCUAUGUGUUACAGUUACCUGCGGGCGUCGCGGGUUGUAGUACAUGCGAUCCUUGGGAUUUGUGUGUUUGUGUUUUACGUCUAUUGCCAAUGUAUUGCGCGUGUGCCACAUCCUUCCCUCACGUUCGCGCCGUGUCACCCUGUUUAUAUGGCACUAUCGUUCGGACAUAGCGAUAUAGCCAUGUAGCAUUGUUUAGAGUCUCGAUGUUUUUGUACGGUAUUUCUUUAUAGUAUAUAUUCAA